AUGGCCCAACCAGCAUCAACCCCAGCACCGCAACACCAGCGCGCAAACUCGACGAACCCUCGGCCAGGGACCAGCGCGUUCCCCAGAGCAAACAGCCAGUCCCAAACGCGACCGCAGCAGCAGCAGCAGCAGCAGCAGCAGCAGCAGCAGCAGCAGCAGCAGCAGCAGAACCGCACCCGCUCCAAGCGGACCACCGGUGCCAGGUCUUCGACCGGCAGCGGCACAAGCGCCACGGCGGCGCCGGCACGGCCGCCCGCGCCCUCGACCAAGCAGGUCAACCAGACGUUCUCCAUCACCAUGAUGUCGAGCCCCGUGAACCCGGUACCGUUCCCCUUGCCGAUCCCGCUCGGCAUCUCCAUGCUCGUCAUGCCCACUGGGGGCAAGAGUGGCAGCCAGUCCGGGCGAGGAUAA